AUGGAGUUAAAGAGCAUUAAGGAUGCGUUUGAUCGUGUUGCAAACAAGCAGAAACUAUCUUAUAGCAAAACAAAUGAGAUUGUUCAGAUGCUAUCUCAAGAAAUCGAGAAAGCGUUGAGUAUAAUACAGAAUUCGCCGUCGUCACCGGAUACCCUGCUUGAUCAUAGAUCUGUCCUUGCUGAUGUGAAGAAAAUGUUUGUGGAGGUAGCUCCGGUCAAUCAACUUGAAGUUGCCGAGAAGGAACUAAACGCGGCUCUGACUAAGUACCCGAAAGUUCUGGAGAAACAGCUGAAUCCAGACAUAUCAAAGGCGUAUAGACACAAUGUCGAUUUUGAUACGCAUAUCGUUAACCAGAUAAUCGCCAAUUUUUUCUACCGACAAGGAAUGUUUGACAUUGGUGAUUGUUUCAUUGCUGAAACUGGCGAAUCUGAGUGUUCCACCAAACGAUCUUUCAUGGAAAUGUAUCGGAUACUAGAAGCCAUGAAGAAUCGAGAUCUUAAACCAGCUCUUAAGUGGGCAGUCUCGAACUCAGAUAAACUGAAGCAAGCAAGGUCUGAUCUCGAGCUGAGGCUUCACAGCUUACACUUCCUGGAAAUAGCUCAAGGCCAAAACUCCCAAGAAGCUAUCAACUACGCGAGAAAAAAUAUCGCCAUAUUUGCAGAUAGCAGUCUUCCUGAAAUUCAGAAGCUCGUUUGUUCUCUCUUAUGGAACAACAACCUCCAGAAAUCACCGUACUCCGAGUUUCUCUCUCCCGCACUAUGGAACAAUGCGGUCAAAGAGCUAACCCGACAAUACUGCAACCUACUCGGUGAAUCAUCUGAAAGCCCGUUGAGUAUAACGGUAACAGCAGGUACACAAACGUUACCCGUACUAUUGAAAUACAUGAACGUGAUGGCGAACAAGAAGCUCGAUUGGCAGAAUAUUGAACAACUUCCUGUCGCUGUGGAAUUAUCCGAGGAGUUUCAGUUCCAUUCGGUGUUUGUCUGUCCCGUCUCUAAAGAACAAUCAAGUGAUGAUAAUCCUCCAAUGAUGAUGUCUUGUGGACAUGUCCUUUGCAAGCAGACUAUCAACAAAAUGUCGAAGAAUGGCUCUAAAUCGUCUUUCAAAUGUCCUUAUUGCCCGACCGACGUAGACAUCUCAAGGUGUAGGCAGUUGCACUUUUGA